AUGAGUUUCUCUUCGCUUUUGACACAGAUCACCGGAAAAGGCACGCAGACGCCCUCUUCCGGGGUCAAACAGACACCUAACUUGUCUGUAAGCGUGUCUGUGCCGAAAUCGGGCGGUGAAGUGAAGAAACCGCCGACAACGGCCAAGAAACCUAGCCGUUCUGUUCUGACCACUCCGGCACCAGACCCGGCCGUACAACGGCUCAAGGAGGCGAGACGACGGGAAAAAGAGAAGCAGGAGGAGCAGAAACGUCAGAAACGGCUCGAGGCGUUGAAGAAGCGUGACAGCGAGCGCGAACGACUUAACAGACAGAAGCCUGUGCCCAAAAAAGACGCAGCGAAGAAGCCAGUUGCUCCGGCACGGCCACCGCUGCCGAAAAUGUCGUUCAAGGAGCUAAUGUCCCGGGCGGAGACCGUCGACAAGAACAAGCUGGUUUAUGCGCCGAUCAAGAUGGAGACGAGGAAGAAGGACACUAGCAAACAGCCCGAGAGAAAGUUUGCACAGCCUUCGACGGCGCUGUUGCAGAAGCUAUCUAAGCGGGAGAAGCCGAACGUUGCAAAAAGAGAAAAACGGCCGGUGCAGCGGAGCGUGCGCACGGACAGCUACGGCAUCGAGGCGGACUCUGGAGACGAGGACGAGGACUCGUUCAUUGAGGACGAUAGUCUGGACGAUUUUGUUGUGGACGACCCGCGCGAGCGCCGACGCGACUAUAAUAGCGACGAAAUCUGGCAGCUCUUCAACAGAGGCAAGAAGCGGCAGUACUUUGACGACGAUGACGACGACAUGGAGGCCACGGGUGCCGACAUUCUGGAGGAGGAGGAGCGGGCGCUGCGGCAGGCGCGGCUCGACGACAAGCGCGAGGAGAUGCUGGAGCGCAGGCUGAAGGAGGAAAAACUGAAGCGAAAGAGGGUGUAA